GCGGUGAUUGGCGUGAGCGGCGCAGCUGUGCGAGGCUUGCCGAGACGCACCGGUGUGCGACCAUGGCGGCGCUGGUGCUGCUGCUGCUCGCUGCUGCGUGCCAGGCCAUCCCUCGGGAAGAGCUGUAUCCUUACGGCCAGAGCCUGGACGCCAGCCUGCCCCGCGAGCUGGACGACUGCGCCAGUCCGGAGAUCACGCUGCGAGUGCCCAUCCACUUCUACGGCGAGGUCUACCACUCCGUCUAUGUGAACUCCAAUGGCCUGUUAUCAUUCCUGACGGAUAUUCCAAGUUUUUUCAACAUCCAGUUCCCCUUGGAUUAUCCAGUGAUAGCACCUCUCUACACGAAUGUGGACACUCGAAACAGCGGUUCCGUCUAUUACAGGGAAACGCAAGAUCUUGUUCUGCUCUCCAAGGCUACAGCAACCGUCAGACAGUACUUCUCGAAAGCAGCAAACUUCACAGCCAAGAGUUUAUUCAUUGCCACGUGGGAAGAUGUGGGCUACCAUGAUGGAGGAAGCGACAAGGUGAACACCUUCCAGGCGGUAGUGGCGAGCAGCGAGCAGGACUCGUGCGUGCAGCUGCUGUACCCUGAGGGGGGAGUGCAGUGGAUCCAGGGCUCGGGCUCGGCCAGUGGGCUGCCGGAUGCGCGUGCUCAGGCCGGCCUGGUGGCGGCAGACGGCCGGCUCUACACGCUGCGCGGCUCCGGCACGGACCAGAUACACAACCUGGACAAAUGGAGCAAUCAAGGAGUCCCUGGUCUGUGGCUGUUCCGUGUUGGCAGGCCGGGUCCUGACGGGAAUGUUGAAGUGCCAGACCAGAACAUAUCUGAUUUUUGGAAAGCGCCGUCGAUGGGUCAAAAAUACCAGCAAGUAUUAGGUGCAGAAGUGGAGCAAGUUAGGACGUGUGUGCACGGAGCGACAGUGUGUCACAGCAAGUCUCGCUGCGUGGACCACGCCACGGGCUUCUGCUGCUCCUGCAAGAGUGGUUACUACGGCAACGGUCUCACCUGCCUCAAAGAUGGCAUACCACUGCGAGUGAAUGGGAAAGUAAGUGGCAAGGUGAACGGGGAGGAGUUCAGCCAACUCGACCUCCAGUCGUACGUGGUGACCUUGGACGGGCGGACGUACACUGCCAUCUCCAGAGUGCCCUCCAGCAUCGGAUACGACAUGCAGACGCUGAACAUCUUUGGAGUAGUCAUUGGAUGGCUGUUUGCACGGCCUGUUGGCAAGGUCUGGAAUGGUUACGACAUCACAGGAGGCAUGUUCAACCAGACGGCGACUGUGACCUUCCCCCUGACGGGCAACAAGGUGGAGCUGCGGCAGAGGUACCUCGGCCUGGACGUGUUCGACCAGCUCAAGAUGGAGGCCGAGGUGCAGGGGGACAUCCCGGCCUUCCCCGCCGGAGUCAAGAUCCAGAUACCAGACUUCGAGGAGCACUACACUCGCACAGAACCAGGGCUGCUGCUAUCCAAAGCUUCUCUGCUCUAUCACCUGGAAGGAAAUCCUGUGGACAACCCGUACUCCAUCGAGCAGACGAUCCAGUACACGGAGUGCCCUCACUCCCCCCUCAACAUGUCCUCGUUCCGGCUGAAGGUGGCCAGGAGCUUCAUCAGCUAUGAGUCGCGAGAAAGCAUCAUCCGGUACGGCAUGACCAACAAAGUCAUGCCACCAGGAGACUUCGACCCAUGCAAGCAGGCCCAGGCAGUGUGUGGGGCCCACAGCUCCUGCAGAGUCGAGGGCGACAGCUUUCAAUGUGUGUGCAACUCAGGAUACCAGUCGCUGUUCACGGAGAGCGACGGUCAGCAGCUGCAGGUGUGUGUGGACGUGAACGAGUGCAGCACGGGAACCCACGUCUGCGACAAGCACGCAGAGUGCAUCAACGUGGAAGGGGGACACUCGUGUCGGUGUUCGCCUGGAUACUACGGAGAUGGCCACACCUGCCGGGGUGUGGAUCCCUGCUCGGAGCUGCGAUGUCACGUGGAUGCGGAGUGUGUCCAGGACCGUAGUGGGUCUCCCGUGUGCCGCUGCCUGCCCGGAUACACCGGCGAUGGAUUCCAGUGCGCUCCAGAGGAUCCCGGUGAGGAGCUCUGCUCCGGACUGCAGUGCCACGCGGAUGCGGAGUGUGUCCAGGACCGUAGUGGGUCUCCCGUGUGCCGCUGCCUGCCCGGAUACACCGGCGAUGGAUUCCAGUGCGCUCCAGAGGAUCCCGGUGAGGAACUCUGCUCCGGACUGCGAUGCCACGCGGAUGCGGAGUGUGUCCAGGACCGUAGUGGGUCUCCUGUGUGCCGCUGCCUGCCCGGAUACACCGGCGAUGGAUUCCAGUGCGCUCCAGAGGAUCCCGGUGAGGAACUCUGCUCCGGACUGCAGUGCCACGCGGAUGCGGAGUGUGUCCAGGACCAUAGUGGGUCUCCUGUGUGCCGCUGCCUGCCCGGAUACACCGGCGAUGGAUUCCAGUGUACUGCAGAGGAUCCCAGAGACUCGUGCGACGUGAGGGACGACUGCUCUCCCUACGGGGCCUGCACUCCGGACGAAGAGGGCGCCACCUACUCGUGCGUGUGUCUGCCCGGCUUCGUGGGCGACGGCUACAACUGCGUGGACUCUGCGCUGUACAACGACACGGACGCCCCCGCUCCUCGGUGCCUGGUGGGCGUGUGCUGGUGCCCGUCCGGCUUCGACAUCCGCGGCCAGCAGUGCGUCAGGAGCAACGAACUGUCGUGUAAUGAAAUCAGGAACUGCCAUCCCUAUGCGCAGUGUGUGUUCAACAUUAAGUCUGAUCGCUACGAAUGCCAGUGCAAUGCAGGCUAUGAAGGGGAUGGAUACAACUGUGAAGAAAUAGACUUGUCAUGCCAGGAGGUGGACAUCUGUGACAUACACGCAUCCUGUGUGUUGGACUCUGCCUCAGGCCGCAGCAUGUGCCAGUGUGAUCCGGGCUUCCAAGGAGACGGCAUGAUGUGUAGCACCACAGGUGUGGACUGCGAGGGGGACACGGACUGCGACCCACACGCACAGUGCAUGUGGGUGGAGGGGGCAGCACAGCGCCACUGCGUGUGUGGCCCGGGCUUCAGUGGAGACGGGCACAGCUGCUCCGAGGACCAGGUCAGCUGCAGCGUGCUGGAGAACUGUGGCCUCGGAGCGGACUGCCUGUACGACGAGCGGGCGGGAGGCUACCGCUGCCGCUGCCAACAGGGCUGGACAGGUGACGGCUACACCUGUGCUGCCGUGCAGUCGUGCUACCACGACCCCGGCCUGUGCAGUCGUGAUGCUACGUGCGUGCUGAGGCCAACGGGAGUGCACAGCUGUGUGUGCAACAAGGGCUUCACAGGGGACGGCGCCCAGUGCAGGGGGGUGCCCACUUACGACAGUAACUUCCUGCUGGUGAGCCAAGGAAUGGCGGUUGUGCGCGUCCGUCUUCAUCCAACUGGAAGGGAGACAUCUCGCCCAAUAUCCGUCGUCUACUUUCAGAUUGCUAUUGGACUGGACAUAGACUGCCUUGGAGGUCGCUUAUAUUGGAGUGAUAUCAUUGGCGGUAGUAUCAAGAGUGCAAACUACGAUGGCAGCAACUUUACAAACUUCAUGGACACAGGAGGAGGCUCCCCGGAGGGAGUGAGUGUCGACUGGGUGUCGGGUAACCUGUACUGGACCGACUCCACCAAGGACACCGUGGAGGUUGUGGGCCUGCACUCCGGACUGAGGAAGGUGCUGGUGUCGGAGGGGCUGGUGAACCCCCGCGGAGUCGCUGUGCAUCCCUACAGGGGCAAGGUGUUCUGGUCGGACUGGAACCGCGAGUCCCCGAAGCUGGAGUGGGCGAACCUGGACGGCAGUGAGCGAGCAGUGUUCCUGCAGGGCCCCUCGGUCAAGCUGCCCAACUCGCUCGCCAUCGACCACGAAACUGACGAGCUGUGCUGGGCUGACGCUGGCACCCACUCCAUAGCCUGUGUGGGGAUCGGCCAAUCCGUGGAGCGCAUCGUUGUUGCCAACUGCAGCUACCCGUUCGGCCUGGCGAUCUCCAAGAGCCACUACUACUGGACCGACUGGACCACGGGCAGGAUCGAGAGCGUGGAGCGGCAGUCUGGGGAGAGGAAGUCGGUCGAUGAAGUGACUGGAAGACCGGCCAAGCUGUAUGGAAUCGUGGUGGUCCCAGAGCACUGCCCCGAAUAUUCCAACAUGUGCCAGUUUAACAAUGGUGGCUGCAGUAGUGGGCAGCUGUGUCUACCGCGGGGUUCCAGAUCUCGCAGCUGUGUGUGCGCUGACGGCGGUAAUGACAUUGAGGGUUCGGGCGAGGCACCUAUUUGCAACGACAUUUGACUGCCUUUCGCUUCUCUCUUGUGGAAUGAGCCCUGAGACUUUAUUAUUGCCACCUAUCUAUUGUUUUUUGUUUGCACCCCAUUAAUGUCAUUAAAAUUAAACUAUUCUGUUUCAAA